UACAAUUUGCCUCCACGAUUUCUCGUGUUUUGAAAACUGAUCAGUGAAGUUGGACUAUCCUGCUUCUAUAUGGUUCUCGGGCUGCAAGAGGGGAUGACGAUGCUGUCAACGAAGUCUCCGUAUGAUUCCGUGAGUACUAGCGGCUACUCCAUGACGAGUAUGACCAAUAUGAACAGUUUGAACAGUAUGGGCUCGGUGGGUACGAUGCCGGGCUCAAUGUCUAUGGGCAACAUGAGCUCCUACUCCCCCCAGCCCAUGCACGGAGGGAUGGGCAUGACGUCCAUGGGCGCUGCCGGCAUGUCAGGCAUGGGAAUGGGCAGCAUGGCCAUGCCAUCCACCAUGGGAGGUAUGAACACUAUGAACACUAUGGGUGGCAUGAACGGGAUGGCCGCCAUGGGCAGUAUGCCACCUAUGAACGGCAUGAACGGCGCGAUGUCCCCGAUGAGGAACGCCCUGGACCUGAACAGAGCACAAGCCAUCAAUCGCGCCCGGGAGAAGACUUACCGCAGGAGUUAUACCCACGCUAAACCUCCAUACUCCUACAUCUCCCUGAUCACCAUGGCCAUUCAACAGUCCCCCAACAAAAUGUGUACGCUCAGUGAAAUAUAUCAAUUCAUUAUGGAUCUCUUUCCGUUUUAUCGGCAGAAUCAACAGAGAUGGCAGAACUCAAUUCGCCAUAGUUUGUCGUUUAAUGACUGUUUCGUCAAAGUUCCACGAACACCAGACCGACCCGGAAAAGGCAGCUACUGGACACUACACCCGGACUCCGGAAACAUGUUUGAAAAUGGCUGCUACCUGAGGAGACAAAAACGCUUCAAAUGUCCCAAGAAAGAGGUGAUCAGACAGGCCGCACGAGCCUCUCAUGUGACAGGCCAGACACCUCCUCAUAAUGGUGGCUCACCUACCCCAACAACAACAACAGACUGUAUCUCAGAACCAAACACACCUCCUCAUUCGCUGUCAGGGGAUAUGGCCCCAGCCCCUAAGAUAGAGCAUAGUCUGUCCUCCACCCCACCCGCACCCACCCUCUCAGCUCCUCAGCAUCAGCAGCAACAACAACAGCAGUCAGUGAACGAAAUGAGCCUAUCUCGACACCCUCUUCAGCACCCAGAGAUGCCUCCAGGAAUGCUCGCGCCCGUCCACCAGUUAAACGGUCCACAUUUUAAUCACCCGUUUUCAAUCACAAGUCUUAUGUCUUCGGCGGAAAACAAACUGGACAUGAAAAUGUAUGACAUGCAAGGCUAUGGCUAUAGUCAAAUGUCACCCUUAAAUCUACCAAAAGACUCUUCACCACCCAUGACGAAUGACGGGAGUUAUUACAAAACGUAUACACCUCAUUCAACGGCCAGUUUGUGAGUGGUUGUUGUGGAUAUACUUACUUAUCUAUCUAUCUAUAUGAAUAUAAAUAUAAAUAGACAAAGGCAAUCCAUUGAUAUUUUACUAUUAGAGCUGAAUCUUCUCCGUUCCUUCUCCACCAGCUUGAUGAAUUUUUGGAGAACAUCUCAGUUGCCUGUUUUGUGUUCUCGUUCCAAGUUCUUCGGACGGAUACCUUUGAGUGACAAUGUCUCUUGUGCUUGCCUCGAAGGCCAUUCUGGCUGGAGUUGUGAACAAAAUGUUGUGUCCCCUGUGAAUUUAAGAGAUCUGAGGAUAGUCCGAGAUAUGUAUUUGUAUGUGGUCUGCUAAUCCAUAACUGCCAUGCAAUCUCCUUUGGGUUCAUGACUUAGGGAGAUAUUUUUGUCACACUUCCACUGUUGUCUCAUUUCUGCUAUGAGUAGGUGGUCCCUUCAUUGUGUAGCCUUAGUUCAUCAAAGUGCCACUUGUUACCUGUUGUUUUUUAUGAUUUCACCAGAAAAAUGGCGCAGUAUCAAUCUUCGCCUUGUGUUUUCUUGUUUUUCUUUUUGACGAAGAAAGUUACAGAAAAAGUCUCAUCAUUUAGGAAAUUGUUUCAAAAACUUACAUUGUUAUUUUCUUUGUUGACGCCAUUUAUGCUCCAAACAUUCCUGGCAGUUUCUGAAAGGCUGUUCUAAAGGAAAAGAUUUGUGCUUAUAUAUAGAAAACUGUAGAAAUGUAUAUUUGCUGUAAUUUAUCAUGAUUUUAUUUCUAUUUUAGUUGACAGAGUUGAAGAUUUUUUUCUUGACAAAAUGAUUUUUUAUGUCGGAGAAAAUUAGCAUAGUUAUUUUUUGUUGUAAAAGUGGGUAGAUCUAGAGAGAUUAUGCCAGGUAAAAAUUGUAGUCAUGUCUCAUCUAGAGAAGAAAGUCGGCCAUUGUUUUCACCAAAGAUAUUUAAUACUGACUUUACAAAUAGGUGCCGUCGUCUCAAACUAAGACAAAUACAGGGUGUUGUACAGAAUAAUAUUUUACCGUUAUUUGAGAUUUUUACUGCAUUUUACUCAAAAUAAAUGUUUAAGAGUGACGAAGUCGAUCCUUUAUAUAUUCUGUCUCAGAGCGGACAAUCCAAGUCAAAUUUCUCAAUCACUAUGGUCUUGCUAGACGAGACUCACAGCCUGCAGUUAUAAUAUAGGCGGAUCUCGGUGGAAUGCUCUACGUCCACGCACCAAUCUCACAAACACUGUGUCCAACCAACAUUUUUUUUUUACUCUUCUCUUAGAAAAAUUAAACCACUUAAAUGUCUUUAUCAAGCUAAAUUAUUGGUCUUCGAGUUUUGUUUCCUUGUCAGAUUUUGAAUUGGCUGUGAAUAGUUUCACGGAAAUUUAGUAAUUAGAGAAUUGUGCCCGACCCCAGUUGAGGGACUGGUUGACAUACGACCGUUGCCAGGUACAGCAACAUUUC